AACCAGUUCAUUUCUCCUUCCCAAUCUUCCUCCAGCUCUGUCAAUGACGAUGAGCUUUUCUUCAAGACUCUCCCUGCAUCCCAAUUCGAGAAAGGGGUUGAAGAAGCGAAGAAAUUUCUUCCAAGUGCGGAUAAAUUGGUCAUCAAUUUCGGAGAAAUAGAUCAUAAGUUCCAUCGCGAAGCCACUAACAGCUCUCGCCGGCCAAAGCAUCACCAUAGAGAUGAAUCAGCCUUUGGAGAUUUGAGAAGAAAAAAGUACUCUGCUAUUUCUUUCGAAGAGCCCGCGGUUCCACCGCAGGAUUUGGACGACAUCCUCCUCUGUGGAUCUGAUUUCCCCCAAGUUGUAAGCGCCAUUAGAGAGAAGAUAUUCAAUGAGGCAACCAACAAGUCUACAAAACACAGAAGGCAGAACGAAGAGGUUGUCGACCUUAACACACUUCUCCUUCACUGCGCACAAACCAUCACCGCCGGAAACAACCAGAGAGCUAACGAUCUCCUGAGACAAAUCCGACAUCAUUCCUCACCUCACGGCGAUGCAUUUCAAAGACUGGCGCAUUACAUCGCCGACGGACUCGAAGCCCGCCUUGCCGGAACUGGAAGUGAAGUCUACCGCUCUCUGGUAAACAAGAGAAAAACGGUAAGCGAUGUGUUGAAAGCCUAUCAGCUAUAUCUCGCCACUUGCCCCUUUAGAAAAUUGUCCUACAGCUAUGCAAACAUGACCAUUUUGGACACAAUUCAGACUGCAAAAAGAGUUCACAUCAUUGAUUUCGGCAUCUUCUUCGGAUUUCAAUGGCCCGUCUUCAUAAAAAUGUUAUCUUUGCGUCCGGGCGGCCCUCCAAAGCUUCGUAUCACCGGCAUUGACAAUCCACUACCGGGUUUCCGGCCGGCUGAGAGGAUUGAGGAGACCGGUCGCCGGUUAGCCCAUUACGCCGCGCGAUUCGGAGUUUCGUUUGAGUACCACGCCAUUGCAGCCAAGUUUAAUGAAGUGAAGCUUGAGGAGAUCCAUUUCCGUGAAGAUGAAAUGCUCGUGGUAAACAGUUUGUUCAGAUUGCAUGGCCUGGCUGAUGAAACAGUAGUUGUUGAUUGUCCGAGGGAUAGGGUCCUGAAAGCCAUUAGAGAACUGAGCCCAGCUGUGUUCAUCAACGUUGUUGUGAAUGGAAGCUACGGCGCUCCCUUCUUCAUGACAAGGUUUCGAGAGGUGCUGUACCACUUCUCGGCGGUGUUCGACAUGCUCGACGCAACGGUGCCGAGGGAGAAUGAGCAGAGGUAUUUGUUGGAGAGGGAUAUGUAUGGGAGGUUCUUGAUCAAUGCGAUUUCAUGCGAGGGGUUGGAGAGGGAGAGACCUGAGACGUACAAGCAAUGGCAGAUGAGGUGUUUGAGGGCUGGUUUUGAGCAGAUUCCAUUGUGCAGAGAAUUUGUGAAGAUGGUGAAGAGUAAGGUGAGAGCUUACUAUCAUAAGGAUUUCGGCAUUGAUGAAGAUGGUGAGUGGGUGCUUCAAGAGUGGAAAGGGCGCAUCUUGUAUUGUCUUUCUGCUUGGAGGCCUAGUUUUUGUUGAAGUUCUUGUCUUAGUUAUGUUCUGGCGGAGAAAUUAUUUAGUGCGCAAUUUGAUUUUUGAUGUUUUACAUACAGAGUAAUUUAUGGUUUCUUAGGUUUUAGAGGGGUUCAGUGAAGAGAUGUGAGCGGAAAUGUCUGGGGCUUCUGAAGAUUUUAAUUUGAUUUUUCAACGGUUAUAUUUUAUGUUGGAAUUAGUGAUUUUUUUUCGAGGCAGGGUGGCCUCAAAAUCCGACUCUUCGUACAUACCACCCCAUUUUUUAUGUAUUUACAUCUCUGCACUUAAAUUAUGCUUUUUUGAAUUUUUUUAUUUGCGAAAUUCUUUCAUGUAUAUUUACAUCACUGCUGAAAUUCUGUACCUCGGUUA